CGGACCGUGGAGGCGGCUGGAGCCUGCGGGGAUCCGUUGGGGCUCGGAGCUUCGCGGCGGGACCCGGCGGUUCUCUGGGCUGGCGCGGGUCCGUUAGGGCUGGCGGGGGGAGCCCGGGUCCAGGCGGUUCCGCGAGGGACGGGACUUGGAGCUUGGGACCAGAACUUCUGCAGUUCCUCGGGGAAGAAGGAGGGCGGCGGCGGGGAUCCCGCGAUCCCCCCGGGAAACAGGGCUAGUCCUGCCGGGUCCGUUAGAAAGGAGGCGGAGAGGAAGGAGCCUGGAUUCGCGCCAGGAGCGGAAUACUUGGGUGCUCGGGGGAAGAGAUGAACGGGCGCCUCAUGCGCCAUGGAGAGGGCUGCGGGUGGGUGCUCGCCGAAAGGAAGAGGGGCUUUCUUGGAACCGCGCCUCGUCCUGGAGAAACCUAGCCGUCUGGACCCCUGGUUUCUCCGGAGGAGGGAAAAGGGAAGAGGCUCAAACUCAUCUUCUGAAUGAGCCUUCUGUUUGCCAGGCAGCUGCACGGGAAGGGGGAAUGGGAAAGAUGGGUGGGGGCAAAUGAUAGCCCAGGAUCCGCCUUGGGUGAGACAAAGUGGGAUCUACUUGGUAAGGCACCUCGGUCACUUUUUUUUUUAAGUCGCAUCCGGCGGCGGGAUUCUGGAUUUCUUGGGGGCAGGAAGUGUUGGAGGAGGGAGGUGCUCUUUUACUUUAUCAUCACUUCAGUGGCAAUAGGACACCUUUAAGGAUCAUCCAUCCUUUCCUGUUGGGUGUCUUAUACGCACCUGGCUCCCUGGGACUACACAUUGCAUUGAAGCUCUCUUUCAGUUGGCCCAGUCUCCACUGGCUGGGUGGUUCUGCCGUGGUCUACAGGAAGUUUGGAGAACAAGAGAGUCCUUCCUUGCAGGAGUAAAAGAUGGCUGCCACACAGGAAGUGCCUCCUCCAGCAUUGGGCCUCCACUUUUUGUAUCCAUUAGAAGAAACCAUGGCACCGAGGGUGAAAAUGGAGGAGCCUGGACCCCCAUGCCCCGAAGCUGGUUGGGAAUGGGAUGCUCCGGGGAAGACUCCCCUUGUUGUUCAGGCAGGCACCAUUAGUGAUCUGCUGAGGUGGGCAACUCCUCCCCAGGUGAGGAGUGACCCAAUUCCACAGCUAUGGGAGGUUCAGUGCCAGGAGAUGGUGCAAACCCUGAGGACACCUGCUGAAGUCAUGCCAGCCCCUGUGCCUGUCCCGCCCCCAGCCCCUGGCUGGAGCAACCUCCAACUACCUGAGCUUGCACCCGUGGAUGACAUUGAGGCCUACCUGUCAUCCUUUGAGCGUGCAGCCGAAUCCUGCCAGUGGCCGAGAGGAGAGUGGAUGAGCCGCCUUAUGCCAGCUCUUGGAAAAGCCCAGCCACCCCAUAAUGGCCUGGAUGCCAGAGGCGGCAGGAGUGAGCACAGAAAGUCCAAAUCCUCUGGCCUGCGAGGGGAAGCAGGCGCCAGUGUGGAAAUGCAGCGGCAGCGUUUCCGGCAGUUCCGUUACCAGGACUCCGAAGGCCCCCGGGAGGCUUGCCGGAGGCUCCGGGAACUUUGCCGUCGCUGGCUGAAGCCCGAGAGCCGCACAAAGGAACAGAUCCUGGAACUGCUGAUCCUGGAGCAGUUCCUGACCAUCUUGCCCCAGGAGAUCCAGAGCUGGGUGUGGGAACGAGGCCCUGAGACGUGCGCCCAAGCAGUGGCCUUGGUGGAAGGAUACCAGAUGGGACGGCGAGAGGCAGGGAUGUGGGAGCAACAGGUUACAGUGCGGGUCAAGGUUGAGCAGGUAAGCCCACAGGAGAUGAUUUUACCUGGAGCACCAUGGGAUCCUUCAGCCUCACUGCUGCCCCAUCCUGAGUGCAUAUCCUCAUCCAAUGUAACACUAAACCAGCCUGCCCCAGGCCCUGCUCUCAAGAUGCCCUGCAUCCCGAAACAGGAACCACGAGGCCUUCAGGAAACAGGCUCUCUACUGGCCAAUGGGAACCGAGAGGAGAACCUUUUGCCUGGAGGCGCUGUGGAAGUGGGAAUGCUGCCUGGGAAUUCCCAGGACAAAGUGUCGGGUGAGAAUUGUGUUGAACGGGUGAGUCAACAAUGUGAAAUGAGAUGUGAGACGGGGGAGAAUCCAGCUGUACGCCCCAAUGCUCUUGGAGGCUCUCACCCAGCAGCAAAGUCUCUUCACCAGUGUUCAGAAUGUGGGAAAACAUUUAGCCGUAACUCACAUCUGCUCACCCACCAGAGGAUCCAUACUGGGGAGAAGCCUCAUCAGUGCCCCCAGUGUGGCAAACGUUUUGGUCAUACUUCCCAGCUGACUCGUCAUCAGAGGACCCAUGCCUCAGAGAGACCUUUCCGAUGUGCUCAGUGCAGCCGAAGUUUUUAUCAGAGCUCGGAGUUGACCAGGCAUAGAGUAUCCCAUGCAAGAGAUCGUCCGUACGGGUGCAGCCAAUGUGGGAAGAAAUUCCGUUGGAGUUCUGAUCUCAUUCGACACCAGAUCACCCACACAGGAGAGAGACCGUACAAGUGUCCUGAGUGCGGGAAGAAGUUUGGGCAGAAUUCGCACCUGGUUCGACAUCGGAGAACCCACACUACUUAGCCAAGAUCUUCCCAGAAGGAAAGAAAACUGUGUUUCCCAGCAUUGAGAGCUCAAUAAGGGCCAAAGUGUGGAACCAGACCCACUGUCUAGCUUAGUGUCAUAAUGAGCCAGAUAACCGAUGAACUUUCAGUUCAACAUCUGCAGAGGUUUACCUGUUGGAUAUGGCUUAAUUAGAACGAACCCUAUCUACGUACAGCGGGAUAGACAAGGUGGCAGUUCCACAUUACCAAUUUGUGUUCCACCUAGAGAUCCACAGCAUAGUCAGACUGAUUGCUCUAAAAAGGUGUUGAGCCUUGCUAGAGUUGACUUCUUGGACAAUACUAAACCACUAAUAUUGUGGUGGCACCAGUUGGAUGUCUUUCUCUCUUUCUCUGUCUCCCUUCCCCCCCACCCCUCAUUCUCUCUUUUAAUAGAAAAGGUAAUAGAUCUUCUAGUCAUCUAGACAGAUUUAUUGUUACAUAACACAACCUGUAUUCCCUGCCCUGAGACCAUAUCUUUGUCGUGAAGCAAAAGCAAUGUAUUUUUUAGAGAAAAUGACCAGUCUGUAUUGGCAGAGGGUUGAAAUCUUUAAAAUGAUGGAGAUCCCCUCUUGGGGAAGCUGCUGUGGCGUGUUUUGCUUUGUUUAUUUCUUGGAACUUACAACUUUGAUAAAAGGGAAAAUUGUCAACCUAGGCUUGUACUGACAUGGGAAUAUGCAUAAUAGAGCUGGGGAUGAUUUCAGUUGGUUGGCCUGCAGAUUACAUUAUGCUAUUAUUAGGGUUGGCCAUAAGUAGACAAGGGGGUUGGUGGAGGCUUUCCAUCUGGUCCUUUUCAUUGCCAGUAAUCCUAUCAGUCCACCUGCACGCCUCAGCCUCUUUCUUCAUGAGCAACAACAAGAGGAAAUACUCUUUCCUUACAUUCAGCAAAUAAUAUAUCAAAAGUGCAUCCUUGGGUACUUCAAGGGAAGAACACUGCUAAGUUUUUAAUGCUAUUCACAUUGGGGCAUGGGAAGUGGUGGUAAAAGAGUUUAGGGAGUCCUUUGCCGGAAGGGAUCAGUAGAUGACACUUAAUGCAAUUCACCCUUCUGCUUUUUAUUGACAUUGACCUGGUACCUCUCUCUUCUAAUUAAUUACAGUGGCCAUGUUGGCACAAUACAUUUAUCAGGACAACGCUUAAGCCAUAGCAUUGCUCAGCACACUAAGAUUUGUUACUUUUUUGGGGUGGCUUUUGUUGUGUGGAUCCAACUCAUUUGAUUAGGGUUAAGGUCCAGUGCAUUGUGUAAACCCAGAUAAUGGGUUAAUUCAAGAGCCAGGUUAAGCAUGUUGUAUGAACAUAGUCAAUGUGCUAGAAAUACUCAAAUACCUAAGGAUGAUUGCCUAAAAAUAACCUUUUCACUUUCUGACCACUGCAAAUGUACAGUGCCCAUUCAGUGACCUCUCAAGGUUUGUCUAGUGCCCAUCAAAAAGUGCCCAGGUGAAUACUAGCCAUGGAAGACGUGUACCAGGACAAUAUGACCAUCUUUUAGAGCCAUUUCCUCAUACUGCUUUAUUUCCACAAUAUGCACCUCAAAAAUUAGUGCAGCUCAGUGAGAGAUACUUCCUUUUUCCCGCCCCACCAUUACCAUCUUGUCUGUCUUCUUGGAAUAAUAAGACAGCCUUCUCCAGCCUGGUACCCUCCAAAGUUGAACACCUUAUUUGGGAAUAAUGGGAAUUACAGGUCAUCAGGUUGGGAAAGACUGAUAGAUUUUUCACUGUAAAUGUGAGGCGUUGACAUUUUCUCAAGAUACUGAGCCAGAUUUGCUUUUCUGUGGCCUAAAAAAGUCAGUUCUGUCCAUGAUGAUAUGCAAGGAACUAUUUUAGUUUGGGGCAUAAAACAGCCUCUUAAAAGUUCCGGUUUUAAUUUUUGCAAGGAAAAAAAUAGCACGUUUAUAGCUAGAACAAAGCUGAGUAAGAAGGAUCAAGGUGGGCAAAAAGGACAGUGAGACUUGGGCAAUAUUCAUAGUAGUCAAAAGAUGGGAUUCCAGGACUACAGACAAUACUUGAUGAUCUUCCAGGUACUUGUGCACUUGAGUGAUUGAUGCAAAAGAACAUCCAAAUAUGUGCAAAUGUAUUUUAUUUGCACAAUCUGUAUAAGACCCAGAGUUCAGUUUAUUAUGCCAGUUUUAGUAUAGUUUGAUGCCAAGGUAAGAGUUCAUUUUUCUAAGAAAAGGUGUCUGCAGCCCCACUGAAUAAAAAUUAUGUUUGUACAGUCA